AUUGAAAAGGCUAAACCUAUAAAAUGUGGAACUUUUGGUGCUACGUCUCUGCAGCAAAGAUACUUAGCUACAGGAGAUUUUGGUGGAAACCUGAACAUAUGGAAUUUAGAAGCUCCUGAAAUACCAGUGUAUUCUGUGAAAGGUCAUAAGGAGAUCAUAAACAGUAUAGAUGGUGUAGGUGGCUUAGGAAUUGGGGAAGGUGCACCAGAAAUUGUGACUGGCAGUCGAGAUGGAACUGUGAAGGUGUGGGACCCAAGACAGAAGGAUACUCCUGUCGCUAACAUGGAACCUGUCCAGGGCGAGAGCAAAAGAGACUGCUGGACAGUAGCGUUUGGCAAUGCUUACAAUCAAGAGGAACGUGUUGUUUGUGCUGGGUAUGACAACGGGGACAUUAAAUUGUUUGACUUGAAAACCAUGUCACUACGAUGGGAGACCAGCAUUAAGAAUGGGGUUUGCAGCGUGGAAUUUGAUAGGAAAGAUGUAAAUAUGAACAAGCUAGUGGCCACAUCACUGGAGGGAAAAUUUCAUGUUUUCGAUAUGAGAACUCAGCAUCCAACCAAAGGUUUUGCUUCUGUUUCAGAGAAGGUGCAAAAAUCUACCAUAUGGCAGGGUCGGCACCUGCCACAGAACAGAGAUAUAUUUAUGACGAGUGGAGGAUCUGGGAGCCUUCAUCUCUGGAAAUACGAGUACCCAGCUCAGCGCUCAAAGAAGGAUUCUGAAGGAGCCGAGAUGGGGGUGGCGGGUUCUGUCAGUCUCUUGCAGAAUGUGACUCUGUCAACGCAGCCCAUUUCCAGCCUCGACUGGAGCCCUGACAAAAAGGGACUGUGUGUUUGUGGUGCCUUUGACCAGACUGUGAGGGUGCUGAUAGUUACGAAGCUUAACAAAGUUUGACAGGAAAACUAGAAUUUCUGGUGAGAAAGCAGUAUAGUUUGCAGUCUGUAAAGAAACAGGAGGGCUCUCCCUCCUGCAUAAUUUAAUUUGUACCUUAUUAAAACUGGAUUAAAGAAAUAGAAAUGAGAUGCCUCUAUUUAAAGUUCCGAUGCACGCAGUUAGAGUUGUUUGACUGAUUGUGCCACAAUGACUUGAAGUUGCCUGGGCACAAAACUUUUACAUUCUAGAAAUGUGAAUUUACAGUUAAAAUAAAAUGUGCCUUUGUGUUAGCACAGCCUAUAAUUUCAGAAAUCACUUUAAAUUGUUUG